AUGCCCCAUUUCCAAAGUUGUGGCUCCCAUGAACAUAUCGGCAUCAGUUACCGCUCUAUCGGCUUGGAGAGAUUCGGAGAAGAUCUGCAGAAGCUUCUCGACCGGCAGUGGAAGACAUUACUCUUCGAGAGUGCAUUCAGCGUCGGCAUGUGCGUGAUCAAUGUCUUGGAGUACGUACACAGCUACGGGUUCAUCCACGCCGAUGCGAAGCCGUCAUGGACGCUGCCUAGUUUUGGCAAAGGCAAUGAAAACUUUGUGCAUCCGCCAAACAUUGGUUGGGCCUGUCGGUACACGCAAAAGGGCAAGCGCAAUGACUACAAGGACGAUUUGGCGAAGAAGCACGACAGCGCCACCGAGUUCGUGAGUUCGGACGUCCACAUUGGUGCACACUCGCGAAGUGGUGACAUGGAACGGCUGGGAUAUAAUCUGCUCUGGUGGCUGUGUUGCCGACUGACUUGGGAGGACAACCUCAAGAACCCCGAGUACGUCAGCCAACAGAAGAGCACGCCAAUGGAAGCCAUCCCCCUGCUUAUGAGCAAAUGCUUCCCACACGGGGAGAUUCCAUGCGGCAUCACCGAGUUCCUCCGGUAUGUGGGCACCAUGAAUCUUGAAGACGCGGCAGACUACAAGCAGCUAAUGAGGAUCUUGGAGAACGACAUUCAGGCGGCGGGUUUCAAGCCGGACGGCAGGCUACUCUUCAAGCCACAGAGGACGCCGCGGCGCAACUAG